AUGAAAGCCCAAGAAUCCAAGACCGAGACCAAAAGAAGAAAGCUGUGACAUCAAGAUCAAGUAGCAGACUGUCCCUCGCACACGCCUUCCUUUCGCUCCUCAUUUGCCCAUCAUCAUGGCCGGAAGUGCCAAUGCCAUGGUGGAACAACAGCUGAUUGCUGCCACUCAGAUCAUUGAGAACCAGCUGGAUAAUGAGAUUGAACGACUGGAUAACAUGGACUCAAACGACCUUGAUGCCAUCAAGGACAGGUUACGUGCCAUGAAGAAGAGGCAGGAGAAGAGACAGGAGUGGAUCAGCAAUGGUCAUGGAGAGUAUACAGAGCUGUAUGAUGAGAAGGAGUUCUUUGAGACCACUAAGAAGUCUGAGAAUGUGGUGUGCCACUUCUACCGAGACCAGUUUGUGCGGUGCAAGCUGGUGGACAAACACCUCAACAUCCUGGCCAAGAAUCACAUUGAAACUAAGUUCUGCAAAAUAAAUGCUGAAAAGGCUCCAUUUUUGACUGAACGUUUGAAAAUCCGUAUCCUGCCCACCAUAUCCCUCGUGAAGAAGGGAAAGACCAGAGACUACAUCGUGGGCUUCAGUGACCUUGGCAACACAGACGAUUUCUCCACCGAGACCAUGGAGUGGAGGAUUGCCCGGGCGGACGUGAUAGAGUACCAGGGCGACCUGCUGUGCCCACCCACCUCAAAGUCAGGCCCAAAGACGGAGGUUUACCGCAAGAAGACCAUCCGGGGCAGGAAUAAUGACAGCGACGACAGUGACUCAGACUAGUAUUAAGUAUUUCUCUUUGUGUUCGCAGGUAAUUUUCCUUGUUUUUAUGUCUGUCUCCACUGUGUUGCUCCAGGAAACAGGGUCAGGCAUGGUCCUGGGUGUUGGUGAGCAGUAACCACUGGAUAAUCUUGUCUAUUCAUGGUGCUCUAACAAGUAAAUACCCACAACUGUAUGUCCAAGAAUAUAUUUCAGAUGUUUAUAUGAAAAGAAUUCUACGUACAAUUUUUAACUUGUAUAAUUCUUUUUUGAUUGCUUCUGAAUUAUGCUCAUCGGGCAGUGUGCAGUUGUACACACAUAAUACCACCUCAGGACCUAAGCAGGCCCACUGUCUUUGCCUCUCUAGUGUAGAGGGGUGCAUCUUUGACUAGAUUUUUACCUUACCUAAAAUUGCUAGACAUGGAAGUGCAGAUUAAAUUUUAUAUUAAUUUAUAUCCAAUACCUACAAAGUUAUGCACUAUUUUUUUCUCCUUGAUGGAUAGUAGCUGUUCCAUAUGAUAGCUUAGCAGUAACUAGUCACACAUCAUUCCAGUCCAUUACUUUUAGGAAAAUUAAUACCAUGUGUUUUACUUUAAUCAUAUUUUAUUGUUUUGUAAUACUUUGCACAAUUUUUUUUUAGCUCAGAUGAAGGUAUUUUGCUUCACAGAGUUCUCGUAAAAAUUUAUAUUCUCAUCAACUCUUGAUGCGGCUCUGAAAAUUUUAUCCCACUUUAGUGUGGGGCUUCAAAGGCUUAGGUAAGAAGUUCAUCCUCUUUAGUUUAUUUUUAGAUCUGGCAACUGAGACCUUUUGUCCUCACAUCACGGUGAUAAAUCAAUAAGUUUACAUGUUCCAUUUCAAUGAACUUCCCCACUUAACCCAAGGCUCUGUAAUCUUCACAUUUCCUCCCCUUUCCAUAUUCCUUAUGAUUCAAAAGCUUUAUUACUUAACCCGUGGAGUGCGAGUCACAGAACAGGCAGGCUGUGCUAAGUUCCAACACAUUUCACAAAAGUUCUCACCAUUGUAAAGUUUAAUUGACGGUGGUGGCAUGCAAUGCUUUUGGCACUCACUUCAAUAAUUCUUUUUAAGCUUAGCCACACUAUGCUCCUUUGUGGUGCAGUGGUUAACGAGGCUAGCUGCGGGUCCGGGUUUGAAUCCCAGCCUGGGCAUGGGCAGUCCACCCAGCUGCCACAUCGGCCCUGUAUCCCGGGGUAAUGAGUUCUUACCCAUCUCUGAUUCGAGGGCUAAUGUGAUGGAGAUGAGAACCGAGGCCACACGCAGUUGUAGCGCAUGCCCCACCACACCAUAGCUGCAGGGAGGAAGGAAUGGGGGUAGUAAGAUGGUUCAGUUCUGUUGCCCAUUCUGUCUUUUCUGCAGUAUGGGUGACAGAAGUAAAUUAUCUCCUGGAAACCUCCUCCCCCUCUUUGCAGUCGUGGUAAGGAUGAGCAUAAAAGAAACAUUGAAGAGAGUGCUAGUAAAAUGUAAGGCAAUCCAAGUGUAAAAGGUGAAAGUGGGGAUUAAAUAUAAAGCAAAGUAAACAAUGAGAGGAGGCAGCCAGCUAUAGUCCAUCCAUCUUAUGAAGGCACUUUGGGCGUGGUUGGCCAAGACUAAAGAAAGCAGAAAUUAUCUUUGAACAAAUUCCUUAUUUUUAGGUAUCAAUUACUUCCAAAUGAAUUUUAAAUACUCUUUAAUUUAAAUUUAUAAGAAGGCUAUUCAGUCUCUCCCCUAUUUACGAGCAGGUUUGGUUCCGAGUGGUCAUUCACAAGUCAUUUUAUUCCUAAGUCCAACAUUCCAAGUAGACUGCAAUGGCAUUUGAACUUUUCACAUGUUCCAUAAUCUUGUCCUUGAGAAUCAUACUAAUGCUGGAAUGAUUCAUGUAUGAACAGGCGAUGUUCACCAUUUUUUUCACCUUGCACCGCUCUAUGUCCACUUUGUCAUUGUGAUGGCUACAUUGCUGCCACCACAUGUUGGACUGUGAAUAAAACCUUCCACCCAAAAUUUUACUUAAGGGCAUGUUCGUAUCAUCAAAAGUUUGCAACACUAAUGUUUGUAUGUAUGAGAGUUUUCAUAGGUUAUAUGAAUGAUUCCUUUUUUGUUAAUAACAAACUUUGUAUAAAUUCUACAUAACUUGGCAGCGUUGCUUUUGCAACGUUGAUAAGUGGAGUGACCCGAGGUUACAUUGGGUCGUUACCCUGCCUUGGAAGCUUGUCCUAUGACAUAGCAGAUGGGGGUACCUGGGCCCAAAGUAAGGUAAAGGUGGGGUCACGUGCAAUAGCUGCGUGUGGUGGUGGUGCUCAUUGGCCCUUUGAGCCUGUGGUGGGAGAAGUCCCAUUGACCCAUCAGUAUAACAGGCUGGUUACCACAGCUUACAUUCCCCAGGUACCCAUUUAUUGACCAUCCUGAAAGGGAUGAUGAAGAGCUGGGUGGGCUGUAUGCUGACUGCCCAGGCUGGGUUUCCAAUCCAAGCCUGCAGAUUUGCAGUCAGGGAUGCUAACCACUGCACUGUGAGGUGCCCAAAGUGCCUUUAAAAAAUUGAUGAAGUAUAGGAGAGGAAGAGAAAAAAGGGGAGCUGAGGCAUCCCACUUAUGUGGGACUACUGUCUCCUUGAUCCCACCACUGCCUUAGGGUAAAAAAAACAUUAAAUUUACAAAAUGCAAAAAUAGCCUAAUAUGUAAAUCUAUAAUAAAUAGAGAUCAUAUUAUAAUGUACAUUAUACACAUGUAUGUAACAACAAAACAAUCUUAUACUAUGUCCCCCUCAGCCUACAAUAUGCUGUGGGUUACUGCAUGGGCUCUAAAACAUACUGGCCAGGGUCUCAAGUUGACAUCACAAAACUAGGCAGAUUUUCAGCUUCAGUGCAUUGAAAUAUUGCAUUCUUUCCGAUAUUAGCAAACUACCAAAUAGUAUUAAGGAAAAUGGCCUACCAUGUUCAUGAUAUAUGAACAAAAUGGUAGACUCAGUUUUCCGUAAUACUAUUCGGUAGUUUGAUAUCAGUAAGAGUACAACAUUUCAAUGCACUGAACCUGAAAACCUGCCUAGUAUUGUGACGUCAUCAACGAUGCCCAGGCCAGCACCUUUUGGAGGCCACGGUUACUGCCUCUCCCACUCGCGUGCACAACCUUACACUUGUGAAGGUGGAGGCCUUUUCACCAGAUGCCCUGGAUGUAAUCUAAUUUAAUUACAAAAAUCAUGAAACAAUUGUCAUUUUUUUUGCACACUCCACAGGUGAUAAUCUGUGAAUCUGUAAGAAAUGUAUAAUCCCAGCCACUUAAAUUUUGCUCUAUUGUUCAGGUUUAGUAAUUAUAAUUACAUCAGAGUGAGGCUGCUUAACAGGUGACCCCAUAUAUUCUGCAUGACUGAAGAAUAUAUUUAGCUACAAAAUUGUCAGAUGUCACUCAGCCCUGACCAGUGGAGAAUAUCACCACUUAUACAUCAUGCAGACCAAUCAUAUUUACUCCAGAUCCAAUGUCUAUGCAUGAAGCUUUAAAUAAAUAUUAUUGCUUGAAUACUUGAAAAUUAAUACUAUGGCUCAUAAUUCAUCAGUUAACAAUCCAUAUAUGUAACGAAUUCAAGGUGGGACAGGUAGGGGCACUGCCUUGAGUCUUACGGACAAAAUAGCAGUCACUUGGGGUGUGGACCACUUGGUGUGUCGUUAGCAGAGGUGUAGUGUUGCAUGUCUGUGACUAGAUUAUUUGGUGAAGGCCAGUGACAUCUGAUAAUACUUGCAGUUAUGGGACUAUCUGGGAGUACACUUCUUGUUGAGAUUAGUGAUACAUUAGUGAUAGCAAAAAGUACAUGUGGCAAGUGUCUUACCCUGCAUGUAUUGUGGUGGGUGGUUCAAGAGCCAUCAGGGCAGAAGGCCACAAUAUUCAGGUAGGCAAGGGUUGUGUUCGUGCCCCAAACACUGCAGUGAUGAAUGCAAGUACAAGCCUCCAAACAUUUCUAACAGGCACUUCCCAUGCCAAUGAUGAUCAAGGUGUAACAACAUGUGGUACAAAUACAAACUCACCACCUCCCUGAUAACCUCAAAGUUUGGAUAUGUAUCUCAGUAACAUUGCCACCAUCAAAAGCAAAUGCUGGCACAACAGCUGCUUGCUAUCAGUAGUGCUGGACAAUUUCUGUCAGGUUGUGCUUCUUGGCUAUGCUUAAUGGAAGAACCCAGCCUUUAUGUUGACAAAUUUGUAUAUUUAUUACUUUUACAUUAUAAUAAAAAUUGUGAAAUUGUUCUAUAGCUUUAUAUUGUGACUAUCACAGGCAUCAACAAUAUCCCUGGAUGGAUGCCCUGGGGACAGGGCAGUGAUGAGUAGCUGCAUUCACUUUUGCUGUGUAGUAAAUGUUUCACUUUUUUCAUUAAAAAAAAAAAGUUGCCUGUCUUUGUUAAAUGCCAUCAAACUAUUCCUUACAGUUAUGACAGUAUAAAUAUUUCAUAAUUAAGUUCUACCUCUCUCACGCACCAAACCUGUGACUUAAAUUUCUUUCAAUGUAGCGCCAAUAUUCUCGACGAAUCUUGUCGUGUUUUGUUGCUAGGGCUUCACAGAUCUGCAAGCAGUAAGACUUUAAGGAAAAGGAACAAGUUAUGCAAGAAAUAAAUUUUAAGAAAUCCA